CUCUCUGACUGCAGAGUGGGUAGGCAAACACUGACAACCAUGGGGAAGAUCAUUUUCUACGAGGACAAGAGCUUCCAGGGCCGCCGCUACGAGUGCGGCGCCGACUGCGCUGACCUCCACUCCCACUUCUCCCGCUGCAACUCCGUCCGGGUGGAGACGGGCUGCUGGGUCCUGUACGAGCGCCCCAACUACACGGGGUACCAGUACGUGCUGACCCGCGGGGAGUACCCCGACCCGCAGCAGUGGUCCGCCUUCAACGACAGCGUCAGGUCGUGUCGCUGGAUCAAAAACACCUACGGGAAUUCGUACAAGAUCAGAAUUUACGAGCGCCCGAACUUCGAGGGUCAGAUGGCGGAGCACGGCGAGGACUGCCCGUCGGUGCCGGACGCCUUCAAGUUCCGCGACGUGCAGUCGUGCGCGGUGUCUGACGGCGCCUGGGUGUUCUACGAGCUGCCCAACUACAGGGGGCGCCAGUACUUCCUGGAGCGCGGCGAGUACCGCCAGCACACGGACUGGGGCGCCACCGCGCCCGCCAUCGGCUCCUUCCGCCGAAUCACUGAGUUCUGAGGCGCUGCGGCUCCUCGACUCCCCCCCCCCCCACCCAAGCGACCCCCCGCCUCACCCAGCGACCCCCCACCCCGCCUCGCCCAGCGUUAACCACCACUGAUGCUUUUCACCUUUGACCUCUCCCAGAGGGCUGUCCCUGGGGCUUCUGUAUCAGCCUUAUGCCAAUAAAGAAUCAAUCUGAACAGAGGAAAA